UAUCGUCAAGCAGCAGCAGCAGCAGCAGCAGCAGCAAGCUUGGUUAAUUUGGUCAGCGCGCAUGGCGGCUUCGCUGGGACUUUGCCACGACACGUCGUACGCCGCCUACUCGUGCCCUUCCUUGUGCUUCCCUCCUCAACCACUCAUGGCGGACGACGACGGUGCAGCGGCGCGGGGGGGCUUCUUCUUCCCGCCGGCUUCGUUUGGCGACUUCUUGGAGCUCGGCCACCCGGAGUACUCGCUGCCGCCGCCGCCGCAGCAGCAGCAGGCGGUGAUCGGAGGAGUGGGUGAGUACUACGGCGUGCCGUCGCCGUCGUCGUCGACGAUGGCGACGACGAGUAGGAUCGGGUUCAGGACGAGGUCGGAGGAGGUGGAGGUGCUGGACGACGGGUUCAAGUGGCGCAAGUACGGGAAGAAGGCGGUGAAGAGCAGCCCGAACCCGAGGAACUACUACCGGUGCUCGGCGGCCGGCUGCGGCGUCAAGAAGCGGGUGGAGCGCGACCGCGACGACCCGCGCUACGUCGUCACCACCUACGACGGCGUCCACAACCACGCCACCCCCGGCGCCGGCGCCCUCCCGUACCCUUCCGCCGCCGCCGCGCCGGCCUGGACCUCUCCUCCUCCGGCGCAGCCAGCCUGCUGGGGGCCGCCGCUUCACGCCGCCGCCGCCGCCGCGCACUCGUCGGAAUCGUCGUUCUGAUUAUACAUAGCUAGUUAUGCUUGCUAGCUAUUAGCUAGUAGAUUAAUUACUGCUCCUUGGUUGCUUUUUGUCGCCGUUCUUGAUCGGUUCUUGUAUGAACUACACUCACGUCGUGCUUAUUUUAGCUAUAAAAUCAGCGAUGAUUUCGCCCACAGUUUCAGUCGCACUCGAAUGAUUUGGUGGACGAACGUUCGUGCGACACAGAACUGGAGGAAAAUGCAUGUAUAGAUAUAUGUGCAGAGUUAAUCAGCGGCCCAGAAGAACAUUGCUCAGAUGGGGCUCAAUGCAGGCCUCUGUGUGCGGGCCUAAGAUGAUGGACAACUUUAACUGCCUCCAUUUUCGAGUAAUUGACCCUUUUUUUUUUUUGAAUUGUAAGUCCUAGCAUCAUGCAUGAAUUUUCAGUCUGCAUUAUACGCAUGUCCGAAAUAAUAAAUCACUUUAAG